AUGCUCUGGCUCCGUCGAGGCGUCCUCGCCCAGCUCCCCUCGUCUCCCUUCGCCUCUCCCUUAUCCCGUCUCCGCCGCCUCCUCUCGGCCGCCGCGCCCGCCAUCUCCCCAAGCACCGGGUUCGCCGUGGAGGAGUACCUCGUCUCCACCUGCGGCCUCACGCGAGCACAGGCCGUUAAGGCCUCCCCCAAGCUCUCCCACCUCAGGUCCCCUGCCAAGCCCGACGCCGUCCUGGCCUUCCUCGCCGGCCUCGGCCUCUCCGGCGCCGACGUCGCCGCCCUCGUCGCCAAGGACCCGCAGUUCCUCUGCGCCAAAGUGGAGAAAACCCUGACGCCCGUCGUCGUCGGGCUCUCUGGCCUCGGCUUAUCGCGUCCCGACAUCGCGCUCGUCGUCCCGCUCGCCGCCCACAAAUUCCGCCAGAAAGCAAUGGUCUCCAAGCUGCAGUACUACCUGCGCAUCUUCGGCUCCUUGGACACCUUCCUCCGGGUGAUGAAGUUUGCAAAUGUCCUCUCAUGCAGCGUCGAGAGGGUGAUCAAGCCCAAUGUCGCGUACCUGCUAGAGUGCGGCUUAGGUGAUUGCGAUAUUGCCAAGUUGUGCAUCUCAAGACCGAGGAUGAUCGCCAGCAACCCGGAGCAUGUUCAGGCAAUGGUGGCGUGCGCUGAAAACAUAGGUGUGCCUCGUGGCUCUGGGAUGUUCAGGCAAGCACUUCAGUCUGUUGCAUUCCUCGGCGAGGAGGAGAUCACAAUCACGGUGGCGUACUUGAAGAGCACGUUCAGGUGGACGGAUGCUGAGGUGGGCAUGGCUGUUUCUAAGUUUCCACCGGUGCUGAGGAGGUCCAAGAAAUCACUGCAGCGCACAUUUGAGUUCCUCAUCUCUGAGGUGGGCUUGGAAUCGGCAUACAUUGCUCAUCGACCCGUACUGCUAGGUCUCAGCCUAGAGGGCCGGCUCAGGCCCCGAUACUACGCUGUAAAGUUUCUCAAGGAAAAUGGAUUGCUCAAGUGUGACCCAAGCUACUAUACUGUUUUCAAGGAGUCCGACAUGACAUUCAAGAAGAAGUUCAUACACCCUCAUAAGGAAGCUGCACCGCACCUUGAAAAAGACUACGAUGCUGCUUGCAAAGGGGAAGUGCCCACUGAUUUCAGAUUCACAUAA